AUGCUGACUCCAUCUUAUGUGAGUCUCGAGACAUCAGAAACAAUUCUUGAAAAAUACCGAGUGAUUGCUACCUGGGGUUGGCCGAAGAGGCCGGAUAUAUAUUUCUGGUAUAUUUAUGAAGGCUUGAUAUGGUAUAUUGACUCGAUAACCAUCUCGGUGAUCACACAACGUUCAUACUGGUACAGAGGCCCAAACCAUACCACCUAG